AUGUUCAGUACGAGACAGACCUGGGAUCUAGGCCACGCCCCCUGUCUGCAGGAAAUCUGGAGGAAAGAGCUCUCAUUGGACGUGGACCUCCUGAUGAGUGAUGAUGAAGACGAAGGCUCCUUCCUCUCGCUGCCCACCUCCUCUCUGACCUCCCAGCGGUCCGAGGCCUCCGGCCGGCGGCGGCUCCGGGCGCUGCAGGACGUCUGCCGCCACCGGCCGCCCCCGCAGAGCAGCGUCCCGGAGGGGGCAUGUCUUCAGAUGCAGCGGGAGGGGGCGUGUCUUCAGACGCAGCGGGAGGGGGCGUGUCUCCAGAAUCCUAACGAUCGUCUCCGCUGUCCAGAAGAAGAGCAGCCAGUUACUCGGCUGUGCACACAGGCGUCUCUGCAGAGGCCGGCGCCGCGCUGGGAGCUCCAGGCCCGGCCCGGGGAGGAGGGCGGCCGGGUGGAGCGCCUGGGCCGGCAGCUGGAGGAGGCGGAGCGGAGGCAGGAGGAGGCGGAGCUGAAGCUCUCCCUCCUACUGCAGGAGCGGGAGGAGGAGCUCGCCAGGCAGGCAACAGCGCCCCCCAGAGUCCAGGUCGUGACCCAGACGGUGGAAGUGCAGUCGGCCGACUCCCUCCGCGCCGUGGAGGAGCUGCAGGCGCAGACGGCCGGCCUGCAGGUGCAGCUGAGUGUGCAGAGGCAGCUUCUCCGGGAGCUGCAGGCGCAGCUGCACGAGUCCCAGAGGACCUGCGCUCAGCUCCGGACACAGGUCCUGGUCUAUGAGGGGGAGGUGGAGCGGACUCAGGCUCAGCUGGAGGUGGAGAUGCAGAAUCUGGAGGAGGAGAAGAACCGCGUGAUCGAGGAGGUGUUCAGCAGAGCCCAGAGCGAGAUGGAGGCCGUCCACCAGAACCUGGCGGGCGUGCGUCUCAACCUGCUAAGUCUGCAGCCGGCCCUCAGGAGCCUCACCGGGGACUACGCCGGCCUGAAGAGGACGGUGCAGGCCUUCCCGUCCACGCUGGAGAGAAACAUCAGGGAGGCCAAGCAGGAGAUCUUCCAGGUGAUCAGCGAGGUUAGCUCGACCAAUCAGGAGCUUCUGCGUAAAUACAAGAGAGAGAUGAACCUGAGGAAGAAAUGUCACGACGAGCUGGUCCGCCUCAAAGGAAACAUCCGUGUGUUCUGCCGCGUCCGGCCGGUCCGUCUCGAGGACUCCGUCAACUCGAAGGACAUUUUGAGCUUCGACUCGGAGGACGACGCCGUCCUCUACCUGUCCAACAAGGGCAAAAUGAUGACCUUUGACCUGGACAAAGUCUUCCCUCCUCAGGCCACACAGGAAGAGGAGGUCCAGUCUCUGGUCACUUCCUGUAUCGACGGCUUUAACGUCUGCAUCUUCGCCUACGGACAGACGGGCUCCGGGAAGACGUUCACCAUGGAGGGCGCCCUGGACGACCCCGGCCUGAACCAGCGGGCGCUGCGCCUGCUGUUCUCCGAGGUCUCGGAUAAAGAUCCAGACUGGGACUACAGGGUCUCCGUCAGCAUGGUGGAGAUCUACAACGAGACCCUGCGGAACCUGCUUGGGGACAAUCCGUCCAACAAGCUGGACAUCAAGCUGAACCCUGACGGCAGUGGACAGCUCUACGUCCCCGGGCUGACCCAGGUCACCGUGCAGAGCCCCAAGGACAUCAACAGGGUGUUGGCUCUGGGCCGCUCCAACAGGUCGACCUCCUGCACCGACCUGAAUGAACACAGCUCUCGUUCUCACGCUCUGCUCAUCGUCACGGUGACGGGACUCCACAAGGAGACGGGGACCCGCACACAGGGGAAGCUGAACCUGGUGGACCUGGCGGGCUCAGAGCGCGUGGGCCGGUCGGGCGUGGAGGGCGGCCGGCUGCGCGAGGCUCAGUGCAUCAACAAGUCUCUGGCGGCGCUCGGCGACGUCAUCAACGCGCUGCGCGGGCGCCACGCCCACGUGCCCUUCAGGAACUCCCGGCUCACGUACCUGCUGCAGGACUCGCUGAGCGGGGACAGCAAGACGCUCAUGAUGGUGCAGAGCAGGUGA